AUGUGGAGAAGGCGAGCGGUGGCAGAGGGCUCUGUCACUGCUCAGCGAGAUUGGCGGGGCGACGUUGGAGCCCGACGUCAUGCGCUAGGGCGCUUCGACCAGCGCGUGCGAGAAAGGCGAUCUGUGGCACCGGGCUCUGGCGCUGCUCAGCGGGAUGCGGGGGGCUCAGCUGGGGCUGAUGAUGGUCGUCAGUUGACAGUGCGCGAAAACAUUAAGCAGGAUGGUUUUGCCCUCCAUGGAGUCAAUCCACGAACGACGCUGGUCUGCUACAGCUCCGGGAUCAGCGCGUGUCAGAAGGGAGAGCAGUGGCAGCGGGCAGUGGCGCUGUUGAGCGAGAUGUUGGAGGCGCAGAUAGAGCCCAACGUCAUCUACAACGCCGUGAUCAGCGCGUGCGAGAAAGGACGGCAGUGGCAGCGGGCCCAGUCGCUGAUCAGGGAGAUGUGGGAGGCGAGCGUAGAGCCCAACACUGUUCAGCUACAGUGCUGGGAUCAGCGCCUGCGAGAAGGGCGAGCAGUGGCAGCGCGCCGUGUCGCUGCUCAGCGAGAUGUUGGAGGCGAAGUUGGAGCCCAACGCCAUUAG